AUGAGCGCACCCGACUACCGUCCCAUCAUCACCGGAGCUCCUGGCGGGUUGGCUCCCAACCGCCUUGAGUUGCGCGACUUCGUCAAAGACAAGAAGGGGUUCGCUCUCUACGUGCAAGCUCUCGAUGUCAUCUUCAAAGAGCCCUUCGACAAUGACUUCUCCUGGCCCGCCAUUGGUGGCAUCCAUGGCUCCCCGAACGUGCGAUGGGGUGAUUCCGGUCCCGCAGAUGCGCCCGGCGGCGACACGUUCGGCGGGUACUGCACCCAUGGCUCGGUGUUGUUCCCGACUUGGCACCGGCCUUACGUCGUGCUCUUCGAGCAAUCCAUGCACAAUACCGCGAAGAAGAUCGCAGCCGAGUACUCGACAGACCAGCUCGGGUGGCUUAAGGCAGCGGAGGACUUCCGUGUGCCCUACUGGGACUGGGCGCGCCCCCUCACUGGCAAGGAGCAGGCCGUUCCAGAGGAGAUGAUCAGCGAGACCGUCACCAUCAUCACUCCGCAAGGAGCGAAGACGGUGAAGAACCCCGUGCACUCGUUCACCUUCACCUCGAAGUACCCGUACACGACGUUCGGUUCUCCGUGGGAUGCUUGGCAGACCACCCUCAGGUACCCCACUAGCAACGCCCCGGAUGCGAAGAGCCAGAUGGAUCUCUUCAACACUACGUUCUCCCAGAACAGCAGCCAGAUCCGCACGCAAUCCUACCAGAUGCUUACGCGGCUGUUGACCUGGAACUACUUCAGCAACCACACCACGAAGCAGAACCCGCCGAUUGCCAACAGUAUCGAGACCAUCCAUGAUACCAUGCAUCUGCUGAUCGGCGGUAACAUCGACUACGAGGGACACAUGUCCGAAAUCCCCAUUGCUGGAUUCGACGCCGCAUUCUUCUUGCACCACGCGAAUGUCGAUCGCAUGUUGGCACUCUGGCAGGCUAUCCACUACGAUGUUUGGGUCAUUCCCGGAGACCAGCCUAAUGGGACGUACACCAUCAAGGAUAACGCCCCUGUCAAUGUUCAGUCUGAUCUGACGCCCUUCUGGCUGACUCAGUCUACUUACUGGAACUCCAAGGAUGUGCGCGACUAUGUGGGCAACCUGCACUACUCAUACCCCGACUUCAACGGCCUUGAGGGCAAGACUCCUGCUCAGGUUAGCGCUGCCAUCCUCAAGCAUGUCACCGAGCUCUACGGGCCGACGAUCCAGCCCGGCGGCCCGGAGAAGCUUAUUGCAGGCUCCGGCUCCGUCCAGCCCGGAGGUCCCGAGAAGCCUGCGACCUCGUCCAACCCCGGCGACUCCGCGAGCGUCGGGUACAACAGCACGACGCACGAGUGGACGGUGCACAUUCGCUUCAAGAAGUACGAGUUCGGGAAGAGCUUCGCGGUCCAGGUCUACCUGGCUGAUACGUACGUCGGCUGUGUGUCCGCGUUCGCGACCACCGCCGGCGCCGCUCAGCAGUGCGAGAACUGCCGCAACAACGUGGACAUCGAGCUCGAGGGCUUCGUGCACCUGAACGAGGUCAUCCUGCAGAAGCUGCACACGCUCUCGCCGGACGUCGUGAAGCCGUACUUGACCGAGAACCUCAGUCUGGGACUCAAGACCAGGAAGCCCGACGGUACCCCCGCCGACAUUUCGCGCGACCUGCCGUCGCUCAAGGUGGCUCCGUUCUCGCGCCAAGUCUCCCAGGACUCGCCUUACGAGAUUCCUCGUCUGGGCGACGCGACGUACCACCACGACGUCCUCGCAGGCAAGCCUGGCCACACCCCGGAGGACCGCUGGUAA